AACUUUCUUAUUUUGUAAAUGAAAUAACUGAAAAUGAAGUUUUAGAGAUAUUAAAUCAAACAAAUUUUAAAACUUUUGAAGAAAGAUUAAAAAAAGAAGGAUUUGAUAAAGAUGAAUUAUUAUUAUUUAAUAAUUUAGAUUUUAAUAAAUUUUAUAUGACUAGAGAAAAUUUAGUUUUAUUUUUAGAAGAAAAUUUAGACUUAAAUGAUGAAAUUUUUAUUGAUAAUUUAGAAAAUUUUCCUGAUAUUGAAGAUAAUGAUGAAGAUUCAUUAUUAGAAACUAAUGAAAUUUUAGAAAAUAUGAUAGAACAAACUAAUCAAAUUUUAGAACAUGAUGAUUAUAAUUGA